UUAAAUCUGGAUGAAAAGACUGACUAAAGACAAAAAAAUCAUUUUAACUCACUUUCUUAUCAGUUAUUUUUUUAUCACUAUGACCUCCUUGACAUAUCUUAGAUAUAUUUCUCACCUGAUAUGGAUAUAUUGAUUUUUUUCCUCCAAACAUACAACUGAACAGACACUUUCUUUCUAAGUUUUUUCUCUGUUUUUGAGCUGUGCAGAAAAUUUGUCACAAUGGCACUGGACUCAGAGUUUGGUGUGAAGGGCAGCAGCAUCAUCAGGGAGUGGAGUGGACAGGUCCAACCUGCUCUGGUCGCCUCCUUUGUUUUCCUCUUCUGUCUAGAAGCCUGUCUGUGGGUCAGGAACCUCCGGCUCAAGAGAAGACUGCCGGGACCCUUCGCUUGGCCGGUGGUGGGCAACGCCAUGCAGCUGGGCCAGAUGCCUCACAUCACCUUCGCCAAGCUUGCCAAAAAGUACGGCAACGUGUAUCAGAUCCGGCUGGGCUGCAGCGACAUUGUGGUUCUGAAUGGAGACAGGGCAAUACGUGAGGCUCUGAUACAGCACAGCACAGAGUUUGCAGGCAGACCAAACUUUGUCUCAUUCCAGAUGAUCUCUGGAGGCAGGAGUAUGACAUUUACUAAUUACAGCAAACAGUGGAAAGUGCACAGGAAAAUAGCCCAGUCCAGCCUCAGAGCCUUUUCCUCUGCAAACAGUGAGACCAAAAAAGCCUUUGAGCAGCAUAUCACAGCUGAGGCCAUGGAACUGGUGCAGGCUUUUCUGCGCCAGAGUACUGAUGGACGGUAUUUUGACCCUGCUCAUGAAUUCACAGUAGCUGCUGCUAAUGUCAUGUGCGCUCUCUGCUUUGGGAAGCGAUACGGACAUGAAGAGCUGGAGUUCAGGAACAUGUUAAAAAAAUUAGACAAGUUUGGGGAGACAGUAGGGGCAGGUAGCUUGGUAGAUGUCAUGCCCUGGCUUCAGAACUUCCCAAACCCAGUCCGCAGUGUCUAUGAAAACUUUAAAAGCCUCAAUGAGGAGUUUUUCACUUAUGUGAAAGACAAAGUGGGGCAGCACAGAGAGUCCUUCAACAUCAAUGUGACCCGGGACAUGAGCGACGCCAUAAUUAACGUGAUUGAGCACAGACAGGACAGCGGACUGACCAAAGAGUUUGUCGAAGCAACUGUCACAGAUCUGAUCGGAGCAGGUCAAGACACAAUAUCAACCAUCAUGCAGUGGAUCCUCCUGCUCUUGGUCAAAUACCCAGACAUGCAGGUCAAACUUCAGAAGCUGAUAGACAAAGUCGUAGGCCAAGACAGACUGCCAUCGGUGGAGGACAGACGCAGCCUGGCGUACCUGGAUGCCUUCAUCUACGAGACCAUGCGCUUCACCAGCUUGGUGCCCCUCACCAUCCCGCACUCCACAACCUCAGACGUCACCAUCGAGGGUCUCCACAUCCCCAAAGACACGGUGGUUUUCAUCAACCAGUGGUCUGUCAACCAUGACCCCCUGAAGUGGAAGGACCCUCACAUUUUUGACCCCUCACGCUUCCUUGAUGAAAACGGGGCCCUAGAUAAGGACAUAACCAGCGGUGUGAUGAUCUUUUCCACGGGGAAAAGACGUUGCAUCGGGGACCAGGUCGCCAAGGUGGAGGUGUUUUUAUUCACAGCCGUCUUGCUGCACCAGUGCAGCUUCGAGCACGACCCCUCUGAGCCCCUCACUCUUGACUGUUCCUACGGGCUCACGCUGAAGCCCCUCCGACACUGUGUCAGCGCCAAGCUCAGAGGAAAGCUGCUCGGCUUAGUCUCCCCCGCAUGAACAGCACGUCCCAAUACUGUGACUCAAGGCCAGCAAACACUUUCCCACCAAUGACAUUUAACAGUGAGUAUCAACAUACCUGCACUAAGUCCUACUGUUGUAUAAUGUUCAUAUUUAAUAAUGAUAUUUAAUGGGUGUAUUAAUACAGUCUAUAUUUGAAUUAUUGUUGGCUGAGAAUAUAAUGUCAAAGAUGUAAUAUUACAGGUAUCAGUGCAAAGGUAUUCAAUUUCUGCUUCACAAAAUACUCUAUACUUGAUCAGAUUUUGUACAUAAUUCUGAGUUGUGUGCUUGUUUUACAUCCACUUUUGCUCAUGUAUAUGUAUGACCUGUGUGCAGGAAAAAGCUACAUCUCUUAAAUGUUGAUUUAAACUAAUAUAACUGUAUAUAAAAUGCUUGUGAAUGUUAUAAGGUCACUUGAUGACUUUUUGUUCUCAUUUGUAAUAUGUAAGAAUAUAUUUAACCUUUGCCACGUAAAAAGCAGUUACAAAAUAUUUUUUUUAUCAUUUCAUAUUUCAGGUAUGACAAUAAAUGUAAUGAAGUUUAAUGUAUUUCACUAUCUACUGUACUCAAAAGCAUAUGAACACAAUAAAACAAAGAAUGCUGAUCAAAGUGGAGGACACAUGUUUGUGAAGGAAGAAAUCUUUCAUCAGGGGACGUCGAUCAGGGUCUCCGGGAUGAAGACUAGAUACUGCCGUAAACCGUUAACGCUUCACAAACUUUAUGCACCCAGGGUUCAGGUCUCUACUGUACAAGCACUGCAGCUACCCCCCUGUGCCAAACACACACGUCUCACCAGUACAAAAAAAACAACAACACAUGUGCAGCAAAUUUUGUUUCACUCAUGGGGCAGUCUGAAAAACAUGUUUGUUUACAAAGUCACUUUUUUCAAAGCUACAUGGAUGUCACUGCACUCUCUUUAACUCUCUGCAUUCAGGAAUUGAUGUUACAAAGCCCAAGGGAUGUGUUUCUCUACCUUGAAUGUUCCUCGUAGAGGAUAUUUUGUUAUCAAUGUGUCGACCUUUAUAUGAUGGAAAAUAAGCUACAUAUGGAAUUAAUAAAGUGGAUUGUCACUGCU